CAAGGGAUGUGCAAAUAACCAAAGGGGAUGUGUGAAUAACCAAGCCGCCAUUAAUAACAAGAGUUAGGUUAGAAUGGAAGAGUCAUCGUAAUUAAUCGAUUCGUGCGGUGCUUUCGUCGAUUCGUCUCUACCAUUCAAUUCUUGAACAAUGAAAAGUUGGUUUGAGCAGUUAAUAAAGUGUUCUCCCAGCCAGUCGUCACAUUCACGAGUUUUCAGUAUUCUUUUUUCUUCAAUCUUGAGUUUUGUUGUCCCGUUUUAAGAAUAAUGGAACUAAUUCAGGGGAUAUAUAAAGCAUCUGAGUUUGCACCACAAGAUUUUAUUAGCAACAUGCCAGAUAACGUGGUAACAAAUAUCUUGGAUAGACUGCCAGUACAACUUGCAUUGAGGACUAGUAUCUUGUCAAGAAACUGGAGGUUUAAGUGGACUAUGCUUACCCAACUCGUGUUUGAUGACAACUUCUUUGAGUAUUUAACAAAAACAAGUGCCGAAAAUAAUCACGGGGGAAUUAUAAGUAGGCUUCUUUUAAAUGUUAAAGGUGGCAUAGAAAAGUUCGUUUUCUUUAUGCCCAAGGUGAUAGAUAAUAAUGAUGUUGAAAAUAUUAAUCACUGGAUUUUGUUCCUGUCCAGAAAAAGAAUUAAGGAUAUCACUCUUACAAAUACGAAUGUAUUCUUUCCGUUGAAGUUGCCUACCUAUUUUUUCUCUUGUUUAGAGUUGAAGCAUCUGAAACUAACUAGAUGUUGGCUCCAUCCUCCACAUAAUUUUCAUGGUUUUCCAAACUUAUUGAGCUUACAGUUGUGUUUGGUACAAUUUGAAAGCAGUGAACUUGGGGAGAUUCUUACUCGGUGCCCCUCACUUGAGAUUCUGGACAUGCGUUUCUUCUUUUAUGCAUGCAAAGUCAAACUAGUUGAUAUUGUAAAAGCUAAGAAUCUGAAAAUGUUAUCUUUGUCUGUCUGUAAUAUCGACGCUGUGGCGAUAAGUUCUAGUACUAUCUUUGAGCUAGUGGGUUUUCUCCCAAAACUACAAGAUCUUGAUUUGGAUUUUCUAGACUACACUGUCAAGGAUGCACACCCAUGGCCAAACCCAAUUCCAGAGGUAGAGUACAAAACCACUGGGCUUCGGAGUGUGGUGUUUACAUAUUUUGCAGGUUCAGAGAAUGAAGUAUGUUUGAUAAAGUAUAUACUUGCGUGUUCUCCUAUCCUAGAAAAGAUUGUUAUUCAUCCCCACUGGAGUCUAGCAUCCGAUGGACGGUUGAUGUUUACUAGGAAGUUGUUGAAGCUCCGUCGAGCCUCCACUGUAGCUGAAAUUGAUUUCGACUAGUUUACUUGUUUUCUUUUUUUAGUUUUGUUGAAGUUGUGUUUGUUAAAUGUUAAUCUAGAAUGAAUUAAGGCGGCCUUUGGUUUCCCACAUGCCCAUCUAAUCACUUGUCUAGACUUGAAACUUCAAAACUGUUGUUUUCAUGUGGGGCAUCUAGAUUAUUAUCAGUACAUUUUAGCUAUUGCAUGUUUGUUUUGUAUUGGUUUA